CACGCUCGACCUGCCCAUUGGCUAGCUUGCCAGCAUAUGCGACGAAGGGAUCCUGAUCCUGCAUCGAGAACACCACCCGUAAUUGCAAGACUAUUCCACGUCCACCGAUUUGCUGCACAAAAGAGGAAAAGAUAAAGGAAGACCUUCAGCAAGAUGGCCACCACCCCGCUCGACAUGGCGACGUACAUACCACCGGACUCCUCUCAGCCCCCCGCCGAUUUUGUCCUGCGCCUAACGGUCUCCGCCUCGAUUCCACACCAUCGCACGCCGCUUUCUCCUCUGCACUUCCUCCUCCGCGCGGCGCUGAUCGUUCCGGACAAGCUUGCGCUCGUGCACCCAGAGAAGGGCUAUCGCUUUACCUACUCACAGUGGGCCGCAAGGACGUUGAGUCUGACGUUCGCGAUCAACCGUCUACCUGGCUGGAAGAGGGGUGAGAAGGUUGCGGUGAUUGCGCCGAAUACGCCCCUCAUCCUUGAAGCGCACAACGGCAUCCUCGCCGCUGGUGGCAUCAUCGUGCCGAUCAACAUACGAAAUACACAGGCCGAAGUCCGCUACGUUCUCUCGCAUGCCGGCGUGCGCGCCAUCCUCGUCGACUCGGAAUUCGAGCACCUCGUCCCACGCGACCCGCAUCUGGACGGCGGCAAGGCGGGAGUGGCGGUGAUCGUCUCUCACGACACUGGCGGACGCGCGGGGUCCAUCGCCGAUGCCUAUGAGGGAUUUUUGGCUGAGGGAAGGCGGUACUGGGAAGAGGUGCAGCGAAAAGAGCUCGAGGCGGUCAGGAACCUGGUUUUACCUGAGUAUGCGGCACGCCGGGACUGGGAGCUGAUCGAGGUCACGAGCAACGAGGACGAGGCCUGUGCGCUGUGUUACACGAGCGGGACGACUGGCAGGCCAAAAGGUGUGCUCACGACCCACAGGGGCAGCUACCUCGCUGCUCUUUCCAAUGCAUAUGAGUCGAAGAUCGACCGGUUUUCCGUCUAUCUAUGGGUGCUGCCUGCUUUCCACGCUUGCGGCUGGACAUACGUCUGGGCGAUCAACGCAGCAUUUGCAACGCACUACAUCCUGCGCAAGGUGGAUUAUGACGUGAUCUGGCACGCGCUUACGCAUUCAGGCGUCACGCACUACUGCGGCGCGCCAACUGUCCAACUUGCGAUUGUCCACCACCCGGACGCCAAGAAAGUUAACGUGGACGGAAGAGGCGUCGUACGUGUCGCCGUGGCCGCGAGUGCGCCGACUGCAAGUCUGCUGGGCAAGAUGGAGGCGCUCGGGCUGGAGCCUAUUCAUGUCUAUGGGCUUACGGAAAGUUAUGGACCCCUGGUUCAGCGCUAUCCGGACCCAGAGUGGAAGUCGCUCAAUGUCGAUGAACGAGCUCGGUUGAUGGCGCGCCAGGGUCACGGCUUCCUUGCAGCCGACGAGGCGCGCGUCUUCAAGCGACCUGAAGACUUUGACGGCGACUGGUCCAAGGUGCACGGCCCAUUGCGGCCGGUCAAGCGCGACGGAAAGGAGCUCGGAGAAAUUGCGCUGCGCGGCAACCUUGUCAUGCUCGGCUACUUCCAAGACGCCGCGGCCACCAGCAGGGUCAUGAAGGACAAUUGGUUCAUGACGGGCGACUUGGCCGUGCGCCAUCCCGGCGGCGAGGUCGCCAUCCUCGACCGCGGCAAAGACCUGGUCAUUUCUGGCGGCGAAAACGUGUCGUCGCUGAUGGUCGAGCAGGAGCUGGCUGCGCAUCCGGAUGUGCUGGAGUGCGCACUCAUCGCGCGGCCGCACCCAAAGUGGUCGGAGUCCGGGCACGCGUUCGUAGUGCUCAACUCGUGCGCACUGCAGCGUGAGGGCGGCUACGCGAACGUCAAGAGCGGCGCCGCUGCCACUGCAAGGAUGCACGAGAGCUUCAGAGCGCAUUGCAAAGCCCGCAUGAGCGGCUUCGCUGUGCCGCAGUGGUUUGAGAUCGUCGACGAGCUACCGAAGACAAGCACGGGCAAGGUGCAGAAGAACGUGCUUAGGGAACGCGUCAAGGGCUACGAUGACAAGCAGAGCAAGUUGUGAUGCUUACUCUAAUACGGAGAGCUUUGGCACUUCAUAGGACUGUAUAUAUUCAAAACGACUUUUCGAAGACAGUAUGAUGCAGUGGUGAGCUGGGUAAAAUCCUCUGGAGACCUGUCAAUGAGGUCUAUCGUGUAGAGCUAAAUGCGUAAAGCCAACGGAAAUGGAGU